AUGCCAAAGGAGCCCGGUCGCCGCGGAAGGACGUCCCCUCACCUGCUCGACCCUGAGCAGUGCCAGCAUCCAGGAGGGUGCAUUCAGGCGCGAGCCGUCAAAGCAAACGGCGCGCUGCACUGGUUGUGCAACGACCAUCGCGACCACCAAAACGCUAUGCAGCGAGAGCGGUAUCGCCGGCUCGUGAAGACGAAGAAGGCGGUUGCCAAGGAGCCGGAGGAGGAGCCGAUAUGUACCCAGACUGCGCAACACGAGGGAAGAGUUGCACGUGCUGGCGCCAACUUGCAUGGAAGUGUUCCAGCCGGG